CUUUCAUGGCAAAUUCAGGAGUUGCAUGCACAGCAUUUCACAUGUAAAUUAAAUUUCAACAACCUCAUAUUUCAGUGACAGAAGAAAAUUAAAUCAGGUAAUUAUUAAUAAUUCUUCUGGGGGAAAUUAGACUAUCGUCGGUUUUUAUAGGCCUGUAGGCUACAAUAGAAAAAGCCAAAAGAACACGCAAUAUGUCUGUCGCUCGAAAUGAAAUAACAGACACACAUAAUUCGGCUUGACAAACAGGAUAAUAUCUAUAUUUGAUCAUAAACCAGAGUCUGCUAAAUGACGUAAAUGUAAAUGUAAAUGUAGUACAGUACAACAAUGCACCUUGCCAAGGAAGCUCCUGUGAAAGGUGUGAACCAAUCCCGACCAAGCAAAGCAAAAAACGGGGCGCGGCACAUUCUAGAGAAGGUGUGGUUUCGCAAUUUAACCCACAGCAUUGUGGGAAGGUUGAGAUGCCCAUCCCUAUGUACUGGUUUUACCAAGAAUGUAGAUAACAUAUUUUCCCUCAAGUGUCGGCCUUACCCUCACAUUGCAGCUUCACGAUGAUGCGCUUCCUGCUGCUGUUCAGCCGGCAGGGGAAGCUGCGACUGCAAAAGUGGUUCACUCCGGUGACAGAGAGGGAGAAGAAGAAGGUGAUCAGGGAAAUGACUCUGAUGGUGCUGGCUCGCCCUCCCCGCUCCUGUAACUUCCUCCUCUGGAGGGAUCUCAAGAUUGUUUACAAGAGGUAUGCCAGCCUCUACUUCUGCUGUGGUCUGGAGGACCAGGACAAUGAACUGUUGACCCUGGAGGUGCUGCAACGAUAUGUCGAGCUGCUGGACAAAUACUUUGGCAACGUGUGUGAGCUGGACAUCAUCUUUAACUUUGAGAAGGCCUAUUUCAUCCUGGAUGAGUUCCUGGUGGGAGGAGAGAUCCUGGAGACCUCCAAGACAGCUGUGGGCACCGCUAUGGAGGAGGCAGAGACACUACAGGAGACAAUUGAGGAGCAUAUGAGUAAGCCGACCUACUGAACCAAUAACAGGGACGUGAGUCGAAUCUUAAGACUGAAGAAUCCUUUUCUCAAUUGUGCCAUAAGUGCCACAACAUUUCAAAAAAAGGUUUAUUAAACUGUAAUACAUAGUUUGUUGUUUUUAUUUAAGCACUUUCUAUUAUUAUCAUGUUUUAUGUACUUUUUCUCCCCAAUUGGUAGUUACAGUCUUGUCCCAUCGCUGCAACUCCCGUACGGACUCGGUCUAGAGCCA